AAUUCACCAUGUUAAAUAUCAAGAUCCCCCAUACCUCUUCAGUUAUAUCAAAAUGCGCCAGGUACAUAUCGCAAUUCCGGAUUCCAUUAAACGACUGUCGGAAUGCCAUGCCGGAACGGAAGAUAAUCGACCCAAAAAUGUGCGUGAAGCGAGACCGCGGGCUUGUGCUAGGCGUGUACUACAACGAGACCGUGACCGGAGAGCGCGCCAUCCUCACCGCCGCCGCCGCCAAGUACAACAAGGACAACGGCGGCAAACUGUGGAAGCUGCUGGAACUCUCCCCCAUCCCCAAGCUCGGUGAGGCCAGGGUAUUUUUCGACGUAGACCCUAAAUAUGCUUACGUGGCCGUUGCAGGACUCGGAACGGAAUGCUACACUUACAACACGGUGGAACGGCUGGACGAACACAAGGAGGCCAUCCGCACCGCCGCCGGCGUCGGCGCCCGUGCGCUGCAGGAGCUGAACCCGGCUCACAUCGACGUGGAGUCGUUCGGCAACGCAGAGGCGGCGGCCGAAGGCGCCGAGCUCGCCGUCUGGCAGUUCACCGAAUACAGAACGCGAUUACUCGGUACUCAGGGCAAAGUCAAACUGCACCUCUACGACGACUGCGACUUCGAAGGUUGGGAAAUAGGAAGAAUUAAGGCAGAUUCCCAGAAUUUAGCCAGAUAUUUGGAAGAGUUGCCGGCGAAUGUCCUUAAUCCGACAUCAUUUGCCAAAAUAAUCGUAGAUCUUCUGUGCGAGCUGGAUAUAAACGUGCACGUAAAGACGCGAGGGUGGGCCUCUGCUCACGAGAUGGGCGGAUUUGUCGCCCUGAGCCAUUCCUCCGUACAGCCGCCGCUCUACGUGGAGAUCGGGUACUUCGGCGCGAACCCUUGUAAGCAACCGGUGGUGUUCAUAGGCAAAGGAGUGACCUUCGACAGCGGCGGUUUACAAUUAAGAUCGCGGGAGCACCUGCGAUAUAUGAAAGGCGAUAUGGCCGGGGCGGCGUGUGUGGUGGCGAUUGUUCGUGCGGCAGCUUUAUUAAAACUGCCCAUCAACAUAAGGGGGAUACUACCGCUUUGCGAGAUGAUGCCGAAUUGCAUGAGUCCGAAAUUCGGAGACGUCAUUUCCAACGCUCACGAGAAGAGUGUGAAGAUUCGUAUGCCGGCACGGGAGGGAAGACUGCUCAUCGCGGACAGCCUGGCGUACGCUAGGAACUAUUGGCCGGAAUUUAUAGUCGACGUAGGAACAAUGUCGGAAGAAUUGGAGCACGCGCUCGGUAACGCGGCUUGUGCAUGCUACUCUAACUCCGAAGAUUUGUUCCGCGAUUUCGAGGUAGCCGGCAGCAGGACCGGCGAUAGGAUAUGGCGAAUGCCGCUGUGGAACUUCUAUGCGGACCGAAUAAGCGACGUGCAGGAGGCGGAUCUGGCGAACACGGCGCGUCACUUCUUCGGCGACUCUCCGAACUGCGCCGCGUUCCUGCGGCAGUUCGUGUGCGACGGUAAGUGGGUCCACCUCGACACAUACAACGUCACAUACACGAAGGGCCGCGACUUCAAGUACUUGCGGCGCGGCAUGACGGGUCGCCCUACACGGACCAUUAUCGACCUUCUUCAGCUAAGAUUAUGUGCUAGUGGGGAACUGUAAGGGAUGACCGCACUCAACAUCAAU